UUUAAGCCUAGCUUCAAGGAAAACUUCCCAGGCCUUGCUUCAAGGAAGCCCCUGGUCUCUAAGACCUAGUUUGGGCCUAGCUUCUAGGAAAGCCCCCAGGGCUUGCCCACUUCGAGCUUGGAUUCAAGGAAACCCAGGUCUCCAAGACCAAGUUCGAGCCUGGCUUCAAGGGAGCUCCCAUGCCUUGACCCACUUCGAACCUAGAUUUAAAGUGAGCCCCCAGGCCUUUGCUUACACCUUUUUCAGUUGAACUUUAACAUUUUUUCUCAUUCUAAGAUUUCUUUACUCUCAACCGUUUUUUCUCCACCGCCAAGUGCUUCUUUGCUCACACGUCAACCACCGCCGCCCCCACCUGCUGCCCCACCGCCUCCUUCCAGUACCGAAAGUGUUGCAUGGAUGGAAGGACUUAAAAAAGCUCGUGAAUUGGCUCGUCGUCAAAAAGGUGGAGAAAUUCUUCCAAUGGAAUCGAACCAAACAAUUGAUGACAAUGAUGAUCAAAGCAGUUUGAGUCCUCCUUUAGCAUGUUUGUCGCCAAACCCAAGUCAAACUGACGAUUCUUAUUAUGUUACUUCGUCAGAUUUAAACAAGCCAAUGAAUUUCAUUCAAAAUCGUCGUACAAUUCCUGCACGUGUUGUUGUUGAAGCUGUUUCUGUUGUUUCUCGUGCAAAAGAUUUGCCUUCUAUAACGUCAACAAGGUCUCAAGCAAAGUCUAAUAUUCCUUCACUAAUGGACUCAAUGAUUGAACAUUCAACGACAGGAUCGAUAUCUUUAAGCAAAUUGCAAAAAGGCCAACAACGUCAAGUAUUAAUUACUGGUUCAAAUAGCAGUUAUUCCGAUCCAUGGGCCAGAUCUUCAUCAAAUUCAGUCGUUAAAAGAAGUGACGGGAAAAUAAUGAAAAGCCGUACUGAAAUGGUUGUUAAUGUUGCUGAACGUCCAAGUAGAAGACGUCGCCGUAGCUCUUCUUCAAAUUCAUCUUCGGACCAUUCCUCCCAACGCCAUGUUUCCCACAAACGUUCUAGCCGAAGAUCUGAUGAAGAUAGACAUCAUAAAGAAGCUGAACGUGAAAGAGAAAAUAAAUUGAAGCGACAUAGUUCUGAACAACAUAGUGAUUCUUUUAAUGAUAUAACUUCGCCUGAUGUGAAAAAAUCAAAGAAAGCUCAUAGCAGUAGUCGGAGAGAUGCUUCUGUUGGUUCUUCUGUGUCUUCCGCAUCAUUUAAGGAUUAUGACAAGAGAGAAAUUCAAUCAUCUGUUAUUAAUACAACGAAAAGGAACAGCAGAUCCUCUUCAAACGAAUCUUCUGAUACAUUUGCUUCUCUUUCUCGUGAAUCGCAUGCAACACUUGGCGCUUUACUCACACACAAAACUUCGACUACUUAUUCUCCAAAAAAUCGAUUUAAAGGGCCGAGAACACCUCCAAUGAAUGAAAGACCUGAAAGUAAAAAUUCUUCAUCGGGAUAUGAUGAUUAUGGAAAUAGAAAAAUUUCUGUUGAAAGUGGUCAUUCUUUUGGGUCAAAUGAACGUAAUGCCAGAAGACAUUCACAAACUUUAACGAAAAGUAAAAUGAAAGAGGAGGUAAUAGAAAAUGAUCAGGCGCCAGCUGCUUAUCGUCUUUCACAACGAAAGGAUUCUAAUUCCAGUCGAAAGAAAGUUUCCAAUAGUAGUGCAAAAAUUAAUAAAAAAUCAUCUGAUGGUGGAAGGAAAACGAGAUCUUCAUCUUCUUCAAGCAGUUCAUCAUCCUCCGAUUCGUCCUCUUCAAGUUCUUCCUCUUCAGCUUCUGAAGAAAAACUUGGAAAAUCAUCAUCAUCAAAAAAGCAUCAGUCAAAAAAAUAA